CGCAUGUAAUGGCCGACUUCGCGAUUCACUUAUCACAUCCCUAACUUCAUGAUUGUUGUGUGCGGCAUUUGUUUGCGCUGAAGUUCGUCUCUAAUGAAUUUUGUUAUCGCUGUUAUUAUAAGAAAGAAAUGCCGUUUAUUUUUAUGUAAUAUAAUUGAUUGCAAUUAAAUAGAUAUUUUGUGGAAAGCCAAGUCUUCCGAAGAAACAACAUGACAUUGUUCUAUAUCUGGAUAUAUUUGAAGAGUUUUACUGAUUUUUGUGAUUCAUCAUCAGGUUAGGUUCUUAACAAGGAGCCGGCUUUGUUUUUUAAUUAAAAAUAAAAUAGACGAACGUAAAAAAAUCGAGUUAAGUUAAUAAAAAAAGUAGAGGGUCAGAUUAAGGUCAACAAAGACCCUCUAUGAGAUCAGCACCAAAACGAAAAAGAUAAUGGGCUCGUUGAAUCUUGUCUGCCCAAUGUGCUGUGGUGAAACGUUUAACAAUCCACAGUCAUUAAAGUACCAUUUAUUAAGCAUGACGGACAACCUAUACUGUCCUGGUUGUUCGCAGCGGUCUGACUCAGUAAUGGCACUCAUUCAACAUUUGGAUCGGUGUGGACAAAGCGUUGAAUCAGAGGUAUCAUCUGAAUCAAAACGUGAUACUGAGGAAGAUGCUCAACAGGAAUCUCAAUCAGUAGAUACAGAAGUGUUAAUGGAUACAAAUGUUGAAGGAAUAGAUCAAAGCUUUCUAGCAACUGUAAAUGACACUGGAAUUAUGAUAGUUGGUGGGCCUCAAACUAUACAAGUUGAUGAAAAUGGAGAUAUUAAAGUCGUAGAAAAGAUGGAAACUGAAGAGACACACAUGGAGCAAAAUUCUUUGGAAUUUAAGAUGUCAGAAAAAGUUCCUAAUAUUGCAAGCAAAGCAGAAGAAAAAUCUUUAUCUCAGGAUCAGUUAGUGGCAAUUUCAACCACUUCAGAGGCAGAUGAUAAAAAUAGAAAUAAAAAUGUAAUUACUAUUUUACCUGAUGGUUCAGAACUUCUUGAUGGAGAUACUGGUGCUUUGAUAAAUAUGGAUCAUAUAAAUGAUGUAGGUGAAUUAGAUGAAGAUGGACUUUUACAUGUUAAACAAGAACUUUGUGAGAUUGAACCAGAAGCAGUUUACAGUUGCACUAGUUGUGAUAUGAGUUUUAAUUCUGUUGUGGAGCAUAUAAAACAAUUUCAUGACGGACAAGAAGUACUACUUGAAAUAGCUGAUCAAUUAGAUGAUAUUCCUACAGUACCUGCAACUAACACCUUAACUUCAGAAUCAGGAAAUGUAAUCAAUAACAGACAAAGGCAAAGUAUGAAUACUCUUCGUACAGAAGAAUGUGUGGACAGUGAAGGAAGAUUAUAUACAAGAAAAGUAGUACAAAUAGAAAGAUUCUGGGAUAGAACUCCAGCACAAACAUCACUUCAAUCUACUAAAGCACCAAUGAUUGAAAAAUUUUUUUCUAAUGUAGAAGGAGUGAAAGUACGAGAAAAAAGAUUGGCUGCAACACCAAUGAGAAUGUAUAGAUGUAAUCAGUGCCUUCAACAGUUCUCUAAAUUAGGAAACUUUCGAGUUCAUGCAUGUCUUCAUGGCAAUAAUCGUUGUGAUAGUUGUGAUCAAACUUUUGCAACACCGAAAGCAUUACAAUUACAUGCAAAAGUACAUGAAGGUGAACCUGAUCCAAAUCAAAAAACUUUCAUAUGUGAAACUUGUGGUACAGAAUUUUGUUCACAUAAAAGUUUGCGCUUGCAUUCUCGAAUGCAUGCACCAGUCAGAGCAAGGCAUGUUGAUGCACCUGAAGGAACACCUAGUGCAACGUUCACGUGUCCUGAGUGCGGUAAAACAUUAGCAGAAUCAUACAAGGAAGCACACAUGGCAUUACAUUCUGGUGAUUCUGUUACUUGUACAGUAUGCAACAGGAAAUUUGAUUCUGCUGAUAGUUUAGCAAUGCAUGCCGCAGUACAUACAGAACUAAGUCAACCACAUUCACCAACACCACCUACUACAGAGACUGCUACAACUGCUGAACCUGCAGAAAAUCAAAAGCCUUAUCAGUGUCAACACUGUGGUCGCAGAUUUACAAGACCUCAUGAGAAAGUAAAACAUGAACGCAUCCAUACUGGAGAAAAACCACAUGCAUGUGAGGUUUGCGGUAAAACUUUUCGUGUAUCUUAUUGUCUGACUUUACAUAUGAGGACUCACACUGGAGUCAGGCCAUAUGGAUGCCAACAUUGUGGUAAAAGAUUUAAGGCUUCAUCCGUAUAUAAUCAUCAUUUGCUUACACACGGAGAAGAACGUGCUUACACAUGCCCAUAUUGUCCAAAAACUUUUAAAACACGUGUUCAAUUAGCAGGGCACAAAAAUAGUCACACUAAACCAUUUCGAUGCACUGAAUGUUCCCGUCCUUUUGCUUCUUUGUAUGCCGCGCGUGCUCAUAUACAAACUCAUAAAAAAGAUAAUAAUUUAAAAUUCAGUUGUUAUAUUUGUGGUGCAUCCUAUGGUAGAGCAUUUGCAUUAAAAGAUCAUUUAAAACAACAUGGUCAAGACGUAUUAGCUCCACCAGAACCAGCAAGAGAAGAAGAAAUUCAUGAAGGAGAAGAUUUUUUGCUUGCUGAAGAAGAAGUUGAAGAUGAUGAAUUAGUUAUUCCGUCACCAUUACCCGUCGCGCAAUCAUCAGAAGCUGAUGAUACAGAAUGAGACUAUAAAAGCUAGUCAUAUGUUUGUUAUAAAUUGUAGUUUAAUAUUGUUUAAUGUAAUGGAAAAUGAUGAUGAUGAAUGAAUCCCUAUUUUCCAUAGUGUUCAAAGACUAUCAGCAGGAUUUAUAUUCAUGCAUUAAAUGUUAUAAAAUUUUAGUUUUUAUGAACUGACAUUCUAAUGUGAAUUGCUGCUGUGACUAGACAUGAAUAGUAUUUGUUUGUAAAUAAUACAAAUAUACAAAUAUUUGUAUUAUUUGUAAUUAUUUGUAAAUAAUACAAAUAAUACAUACUACAAAUUUGUAUAUCCUCAAUGGUAUUGUGCGGAUAGAAUAUGUGAAAUAUGAAUAGCAAUUGUAUCAGAGAUAGUUUUAUUAUGCCUGUUUAAUAUAUUAAAGUAAAAAAAUCUAUAUUAUUUAAUUUAUGAUCUAUUUUAACAAUUGAGUUACAUUAUUAGUUACAACUAUGUUGUGAAUUUCAAUACUUCAUACCUUUCUUAAUUUCUACUUUUUUAGUUAUUUAAUAGUAAUAUAAGAUAAUAGUAAUAUAAUAAAAUGAAUUACAAAAUAUUACUUUAUUUUAACUAUAAAAA